AUGAAUAAUUUCAUGCGAAUGACCAAGAACCUCGGGCACAAGCCCGAGCUGCUACGCUUGAUUGCGCUUGAUGCCACUUAUGAUGAUGCAUUGGGGGGUAGACUUGUGGUGGCUCCCAUUGACAUGAACAAGCCGGGCAAGAAGAUUCUGGACUCUGGUACCGCUGAUGGCACCUGGCUUCGCGGUGUACGUAGCAAGCAAUCAGUCCAGCAUGAAUAUUAUGGUAGCGAUGUUGAAGGCGAGCUGUUCCCAGAGAAUGCAGAUGGCAUCACCUACUUCGCCCAUUCUUUCAAGAACCCAUGGCCCCAGCAGUACUUGGGCAUUUUCGACCUUGUCCACAUCCGAGGCAGCAUGGCGGGCUCCGCUCCCGAGGGACCAGCCCCUGUGAUCAAGAACCUUGUUCCUCUGCUAAAGCCCAGCGGCUGGGUUCAGCUCAUGGAAAUGAAUGGCUUCAGCCCGCCAAAGAAUGGCCCUGCCAUGACGGACUUUGCCAAGAUGGCGUCUGAGAUGUUUACCGGUAUUGGUGUCGGUGACUUUGCCAACAACAACAAGACCAUGUUGGAAGAAGCCGGCUUCAAGAACGUACAGGAGAAGCGUGUCAUAGUAAACUUGGGCAAGAAAGCGAAGCCAGAGCUUCACGAUAUCAGUAUCCAUGGGGUCACCGGACCCAUUGUGCCAUUGACUAGCGUGGCCAGAACGGUGCCAUCUUCGUUUACCGACGAGCAGCUUGAUGCGCUUCCGGCACGUGUCAAGGAAGAGCUGGAGAGCGAAGGCGGUCAAGUUGAGAUGAUUAUUGCCUUUGGCCAGAAACCUUGA